AUGUGGCAGCCCUGGAAGCGAUUCGCAAAGAAGCUUGGCGGGGCCAGCCAAAUAAAGAUGAGCCGAGCACUGUCCUUUGGUUCUUUGAUGGUGAAGUCGUCAAAGGUGGAGGGCCAUCUCUCCAAAGUGGAAUCGAUGUGUCAGAAUCCAAACUUUCUUGAUGCUCUGGACAACCAGAUUUACAGGCUUUCGAUGGGCUUUCGUCGGUGCUUAGAUUUGACGAUGCGGUCUGCUCCAACGAACGAACCUGGAGGCCACUCCAGACGCCGAGUCCCCGACUCGGAAGCUGAGCACCGGAACAUCGGAAGUGGAAAGCGCAAGCCAAGGCGAUCCUCGGACCUCGAGGGGGUUCAAGAAGGGGACAUCUCAACCAGAUCUGCUACACGCGACAGAGCAAGUGAUAGCUUCACAUGA